UCACCCACAUCAUUUCUUCUCUCUCUAGUAGACUAAGCUGUUGUUUCUUUCUCAUAUCCCUCAGCUUUCUUCUCUCUCUAUAUAUCUAUCAAAGAUAAUGGUAAUGAACCCAGUGAUGGAAGGCAAGAAGGAAGAGAAGUCCCUAGAGAGCAACUACAUGAAGGGAGUAAGACACCUUUGUGAGAGUGGCAUCACAAAAAUCCCAAGCAAGUACAUCUUUCCGGUCUCGGAACGGCCCCAAGUGAUGGUAGAAGAAAGGAGGACCUCCAGUCUCAACCUUAAGCUGCCAGUCAUCGACCUUGCUCGCUUGCAUACAUCCGACCGGUCCCAAGUUCUCAAUUCCCUAGCGAAAGCUUGUGAAGAGUAUGGCUUCUUUCAGGUUGUGAACCACAACAUUCCUUGCAAUGCUACGAGGAGAAUGACCGAUGUGGGGAGGAGGUUCUUCGAGUUGCCCUUGGAGGAGAAAGCAAAGUAUAUGUCCACCGACAUAAGGAGUCCGGUGAGGCAUGGGACCAGCUUCAACCAGACGACGGAUGGAGUGUUCUGUUGGAGGGACUUUUUAAAGCUAAGCUGCCACCCCCUGGAGACCGUUCUACCAUACUGGCCCUCCUCUCCCAUGGACUUGAGGGAAGAGGCCACGUCAUACGCCAUGCAAACCAAAUCCUUGUUCCUAGUCCUCAUGGGGGCCAUCCUUGAAUCCUUGGGUGUAGACACCAGCAUUGUCCGAGAUUUCGACAACGGAUCACACCUGAUGGUUGUAAACUGCUAUCCGGUCUGUCCUGAGCCCAAUCUUACGCUUGGAAUGCCGCCCCACUCCGACUAUGGUUUCCUCACCAUCCUCCUCCAAGAUGAUGUAGAGGGCCUCCAGGUCCAGUGUGGGGGAGAAUGGGUCACCGUGGAGCCGGUCCCCAACUCCCUUGUCAUAAACAUUGGUGAUCAUCUUGAGAUAUUCAGCAAUGGAAGGUACAAGAGUGUGCUGCACCGAGUGCUUGUGAACUCCUCAAAGUCUCGGAUCUCGAUCGCAUCUCUCCACAGCCUGCCGCCCGAGAGGAUGGUAAGCCCUUCACCUGAGCUGGUCAACGAGGAGAACCCAAGGAUGUACAAGGACACAAACUUCGCUGAUUUCCUCGACUACAUGUCCUCCUUUGAGACCAAGCACAAGAACUUUCUCGAGACCAGGAAAUUGACCCAGGGAAUGGAGCAGGCCAAAAGUCAAUGCAGCUGACUUUUGUGCCAAGUGAUGGCAACUUGUAGUAGUUUGAAAAACUAGGAAGUCCACUCAGUAUAAAAUGGGCUGGUGGGGAUUCAAAUCAGCCCUACCAUCUCAUGUUCUCUUAUAUAAUUCUGCCUCCUAUUCUAGUUGAUAAGGUUUGCAGAGACAAUAAAGGAAGGAAAGUCCUCGAGAACCCUGGUUUUACCUAGGUUCAGUGCAAUUUUUGUAUGUAUAUGCUAUAAUAUCAACAUGAGGGAUCGAUAUUAGACAACGGUUGCUGAUUUUUAAAA